AUGGCCUCGACGAGCGCCUCAAAGUUCCCGACGCCCUCCGUCGACGGCGCAGACACACUCUCGGACUACAUCCCGCAGUCGGCAGAGAUCUCGCGCGUGCCGUCGACCGCCGGCUUCAACGACACACCUGCGCAGGCGAGCGCGGUCGUGAGCGAUGAGGACGACGAAGAGGAGGACGACGACGAGUACGACUCGGAGGGCGACAAGGUCAUGAAGCCCGUCAAGGGAGGGAAGAAGCGGGAGCGCGCGCAGGCCAAGAAGGAGGCAAAGCUGAGGGUCAAUGCGACGCUGCAAGCUCGUGGCGAAGCGCAGGAAGCGCUCAAGUCGGCCGACUCGAUCAAGCGCUUCACCUACCUCCUCGGCCAGACCGACCUCUUCAAGCACUUCUGCGACCUGAAGGCGCAACGUGACCCUACUUUCGCCAAGUUGCUCGCCGAGGCAGAGAACGCUGGGAAGGCCAAGGGCCGACGAGGCAAGGCGGCGCAGUCCCGUGGCCGCAAGUCGGAGAAGGAGGAAGACAACGAGCUUCUCCAGGCAGAGGAGGGCACGGACGGGCUUGCCGAAGGCGACGGUCCCUUCGUCUUCACCGAGUCUCCCGCGUACGUCAAGGGCGGCAAGAUGCGCGAGUAUCAGAUUCAGGGUUUGAACUGGAUGGUCGGCCUGCACUACAACGGUAUCAACGGUAUCCUCGCCGACGAGAUGGGUCUCGGCAAGACGCUCCAGACGAUCUCGUUCCUCGGCUACCUCAAGUUCAUCCGGAACACCCAUGGCCCGCAUCUCGUCGUCGUGCCCAAGUCGACUCUCGACAACUGGGCGCGCGAGAUUGACCGUUGGGUGCCUGGGUUCAGCGUUGUUCUGCUCAAGGGCACCAAGGAGGAGAGGCAAGAGCUCAUCCAGGACCGCAUCCUGCCCGGCGACUUCGACAUCUGCCUCGCCUCGUACGAGAUCUGCCUGCGCGAGAAGAGCUCGCUCAAGCGCAUCCCGUGGGAGUACAUUGUCAUCGACGAGGCACACCGCAUCAAGAACGUCGACUCGAUGCUCUCGCAAAUCGUCCGCGUCUUCAAGUCGCGCGGUCGCCUCCUCAUCACCGGCACGCCUCUGCAGAACAACCUUCACGAGCUUUGGGCGCUGCUCAACUUCCUCUUGCCCGACGUCUUCUCCGAUGUCGCCGACUUCGACGCCUGGUUCGACAAGCAAGGCGACACGUCCGACAAGGCCGUCGAGGCUGCCUCCACCGAGGCGACCGCUCCUUCGACCGCCGACGCCGCCAAGGACGCCAAGGCGACCGAAGACGCGUCGAACAACGUCGUCAAGCAGCUCCACUCUGUCCUCCGCCCCUUCCUCCUCCGUCGCGUCAAGAUGGACGUCGAGAAGUCGCUGCUCCCGAAGAAGGAAAUCAACGUCUACGUCGGCAUGACCGACUUGCAGCGCAAGUGGUACAAGAUGAUCCUCGAGAAGGACAUCGAUGCGGUCAACGGCGCUGGAGGCAAGAAAGAGAGCAAGACGCGCUUGCAGAACAUCGUCAUGCAGCUCCGCAAAUGCUGCAACCACCCUUACCUCUUUGACGGGGCCGAGCCCGGUCCUCCGUUCACGACCGACGAGCACCUCGUCGAGGCAGCGGGCAAGAUGGUCGUCCUCGACAAGCUGCUCAAGAGCAUGAAGGCCAAGGGCUCGCGCGUCCUCAUCUUCUCGCAGAUGAGUCGUGUGCUUGACAUCCUCGAGGACUACUGCUUGUUCCGCGAGUACCAGUACUGCCGUCUCGACGGCGGCACGGCGCAUGAGGACCGCAUGGAGCAGAUCGACGCGUACAACAAGCCCGACUCGGAGAAGUUCAUCUUCUUGCUCACGACUCGCGCCGGAGGCCUCGGUAUCAACCUCGUCACCGCCGACGUUGUCGUUCUCUACGACUCUGACUGGAACCCGCAAGCCGAUUUGCAGGCGAUGGACCGCGCCCACCGUAUCGGCCAGACCAAGCAGGUCUACGUCUUCCGCUUCGUCACGGAGAACGCGGUCGAGGAGAAGGUGCUCGAGCGUGCCGCCCAAAAGCUCCGCCUCGACCAGCUCGUCAUUCAGCAGGGUCGCGCUCAGGUCAGCAACAAGGCUGCCAACAAGGACGAGCUCGUCGACAUGAUCCAGCACGGCGCCGACAAGAUCAUCAACUCGUCCGAAUCGAUGGCCGUCGCGGACGACAUUGACGAGAUCAUCCGUCAUGGCGAGGAGAAGACCGCCAAGCUCAACUCGAAGUUCUCGCAGCUCAGCUUCGACGAGCUCCAGAUCUUCAACACCGGCCCGCAGGCGACGACGACGCAGUGGGAGGGCGAGGAGUACGGCGGUCGCAAGGCGGGCGGCAAGCCCGGUCUGCUCUGGAUCGAGCCGUCGAAGCGCGAGCGCAAGACGACGACCAACUACUCGAUCGACGAGUACUACCGUGGACAGCUCAAGGGCGGCUCCGGACGGCCUGGUGUCCCGCGUGGACCAAGGAGGCCUCGUCAGGUCGCGACCGACGACUUCAAGUUCUUCCCGGCACGUUUGCAGGAGCUUCAGGAGAAGGAGCAGCUCUACCACAAGAAAACGAAGGGCGAGCAGGCCCAGCUCCGCGUCGACCCGAACCUCACGCCCGAAGAGCUCGAGGCGGAGCGCCAGGCCGAACAGGAGGCGAUCGACGAGGCUGAGCCGUUGAACGAGGAGGAGCUCAAGGAGAAGGAGGAGUUGCGGGAACUCGGCUUCGACACCUGGCACAAGCGCGAGUUCCAGGCGUUCAUCCGCGGCAUGGAACUCUACGGCCGCGACAAUUACGAGCUCAUCCAUCGCGACUUACCGACAAAGACGAUCGAGGAGAUCAAGGAGUACGCAGACGUGUUCUGGACGCGUUACCAAGAGAUUGAGGACCACGAGCGCCUCAUCGCCAAGAUCGAGAAUGCGGAAGGCCGUCGCGACAAGGAGGGCGCGCUUUGGGGACUCAUCAAGCGCAAGGUUGCAGAGACCAAGUACCCUUUGACGCAGCUCAAGAUCGUCUACGCGAAUCAGACCAAGGGCAAGUCGUACUCGGAGGACGAGGACCGCUUCCUCGUCGUCGAGCUCGCCAAGUACGGCGUCGGCAAGGACGACACGUACGAGCGCAUCAAGCGCGACAUCAACGAGUGGCCUGCGUUCCGCUUCGACUGGUUCAUGAAGUCGCGCACGGCUCAGGAGAUUGGUCGCCGCUGCCAGACGCUCACGAACCUGAUUGACCGCGAGUACAACCCUGGCGAGGACGGCGACGGCCCGUUGACCGGCAAGGCGCGCCGCGGACGCAAGUCGACGGCGAAGGACGGCGACAAUGCCAGCACGGCGAGCGGCGGGCGCAAGCGCAAGGCUCCUGGGGCCGCUACGCCGGCUCUCGGAGGUGCCGACGACGGAGCCAGCAACGCGUCGGCGUCGAGGGCGAGCACGCCAGCGGCUGGCCCCGCGCCGAAGAAGGUUAAGAAGUGA